UAUCGUUGCGGGAAAGUCGUCGGUAAUAAUUAUAUAUUUCCUCUACCCGUUUGUUUACGCUAAUGUAAGUUAUUUUACACAAAAUAAAAUAUUUACGUGAUGAUGAGAUUUUCAUAAAUUGAUCGCUGAAUUAAAAAAAGAAAACAGGUGAUUAGAAAAAUACGAAGAUGAUAGUGAUUUUAAAAUAAUCUUUUAAGUAUUUUUUCUACAAAGUAAAUUAAUUUAAAACAUAUUAAAAAGUGUGUUUGGAAACUUUUAAGUGGUAUCUACAAUAUAGAUUUAAAAAUAAAGUGAACUAUUUUUAAUUUCAAUUCACAUGUUAUCUAAAAUGCAAUUACAAUUGAUAUCAAUAUGGUUGAUGACGUUUCAAUGGAUCUCCAAUUCAGAUGGUUCGAUCGAAUCGCCGUCACAGACCGGCAACCUCAACUAUUGGGAACAACCGUUCUCGCAGCCUUACUUCGACAACGCCACUAGACGCGACGUCACUGCGACCGUGGGCCAGAUGACGUACUUACACUGCAGGGUCCGAAAUCUCGGCGACCGAUCGGUGUCGUGGAUCAGAAAACGUGACCUGCACAUAUUGACCGUUGGCAUACUAACGUACACAAACGACCAGCGUUUUCAAUCGCUGCAUUCGGACGGGUCAGACGAGUGGACGCUCAGGAUCACAUCUCCACAGAUCAAAGACUCGGGAACGUACGAAUGUCAAGUGAGCACCGAACCGAAAAUCAGCCAAGGAUUCCAGUUGAAUGUAGUCAUAUCGAAAGCCAAAAUCAUCGGCAACACAGAAAUGUAUAUCCGGAGUGGUAGUGACAUAAAUUUGACGUGCGUUGUUCUGGAAACGCCAGACCCACCCAGCUUCAUCUAUUGGUACCGAGAUAGGGAUGUCAUUAACUAUUCAGGACGCGGUGGCAUUAGUGUAGUGACUGAGAAACAGACACGGACCAGCAGACUACUGAUAUCCAAGGCACAGCCACCCGACACUGGAAACUACACGUGUGCCCCAUCUGCCUCAGAUUCGGCAAGCGUUACCGUUCACGUCCUAAACGGUGAACACCCGGCGGCCAUGCAACAUGGCAACAGCAGCAACAGCGCCGUGACCAGGCUGCUGCCAAUUUUCCUGUUGUUCGUGUGUCAUUCCAUUCAGGUGCUGUUGGUCACUGACCAAUGUUUGUACGUGCCGUCUCGCGUCGUCAAACUGGCAAGAUGAACGGCUACGCGCAAACACGAUUGAAAUCAUUAUUAAAACAAUAUCAUAACUAAUCUAUGUCGUGUACGCGUGCGUGUUUAUACAACGACAAUAGUAUUUAAGAAUGUAUAAAAUAUAAAAUGAAUUUGUACAAUAUAUUUUUUUUUCUUGUUGGACUUUAGCCCGGCGACUAGGGCCAUUAGUUUUUUAGGAGUUAUGAACUGUGGUAGGGGUAAGAGAUUGAUACAGUAGGUUGUUUUUACGACUGUUACGGUUGAUAAUAAACACGUGUAUGUGUGUCGAGGUUUUUAACCACUAUGAACCCGGGCGGUCACCCAUCCAAGAGCUAGUAGCUGUGGCCGUUACUUAACGUUAGCCAACGCGUCACGCCAAGCCACAAGUGUAUAAUAAUAUUAUUACGAUCAUCGCUGUAAAGAAAAAAAUCGCAGUCGCCAGCGCCACUACACAGUAAGACAUAAUAUGCUAAUAAUUGUAUGCGGGUACGUUCGACAUUAUGAUGUAUUGUACUGCGCGUCGAGUGAAUUCUUUGGUUUUCAUUUUUUUCUACACUAUAAUAAUAAUUUUAUUGUUACAUAUUAUUAACUAAUGUUAUUAUUGUUAUUGCGUAAGCUUGCUAGAGACGUAUUGUCACACGGUUUGUACUCGGACGGCGUUUUACUGUUUAACGUUCGUGUCGACGGUUUAAAUGAUGCGAUAAACGAGAGACAGGGACAGAGAUAUAAUGAUAAAAUAUAUUACUAAUUCUAUAUUAUUACUGUUGCAGACGUAAGACGCGUUCGGGUGGUGGGUGGUCGCAUUUUUCGUGGCAGUGGUUUUUGGCAUGUCGAAAAUACUUUUGUUUUUUGUUUAUAACAUAAACACACUCAUUAUAAAUUAUUAUAAUAUAUAAAUUAUUACUAAUGUAACUAUUAUGAUAUAAGAUAACGGAAACAAAUGCGUGCUUGUAAAUAUUUAUACCUACCUAUUGAUGUUUGGAUGUUUGUUUCCCGUAUUGUUCCUUGCCGCUUGAAUUUUUCACUCGUACGAAAAUAAUAUAUAUUAUUAUAUACCAUGAUUUAUGAUCUAAACGUGUUUCUAUCAUUAUAUAAUAUUAUUGUAAGCUGUAAUAUCAAAAUUAUUAUUAUUGCCAAUCUAUUGAUGUUGUAUAGUUUUGUUUUGCGUCUGUGACCUGUGUAUAAAAGUUUCCUAUAUCAUAGCUGUUCGUUUUCUCAUUAUUGUGUACAAUGCUGGAUACUAUAUAUUACAUUUACAAUAUUAAUAUAUUAUAAUAUGUUUGUGUAUUAUUAUCGAUUUCGUUAUUUUAUUAAAACCAAUCGUUUAUAUGUGAUGUCGGGAGUUUAAUUUAGAUUAUUAAAAUUUUAAUGAAAAUUAUUGAUAAUAAUAAUAAUAGUGU